AUGGGAAACUUUCCAAAAUUACCCGAAGGUACUCAAUUGCCGGUAGGGAGCCACCAGGUGACAGUAUUAAAAUACCUAUCAGAGGGUGGGUUUGCACACAUAUACAAAGUUCAGAUUGAGCCUCCUGAAAAUGGUUCAGAUAUAGCAUGUUUGAAGAGAGUCAUUGUACCCGAUAAGCCGGGUUUGGACCAGCUUCGAAAGGAAGUGGAUGUGAUGAAGACCUUGGCACAUGGUAGAAAUAUAGUAAGGUACUACGACUCGCAUGCCGAAAGGUUGGAUAAUGGUACCUAUCAAGUUCUUGUGCUUAUGGAAUUGUGCCCGAAUAAGUCAUUGCUCGACUAUAUGAAUGCUAAGAUAAAAACAAAGUUGACUGAACAGGAAAUUUUACAGAUUAUCUUGGACAUAUCCAUUGGGAUAUACGAAAUGCAUACCAUCCACUUGAUUCAUAGGGACAUUAAGAUUGAGAACGUUUUGAUCGACGCUAAACAUAGAUUUAAGUUAUGCGAUUUCGGUUCCACUUCAGGCCCAAUAAUGGCUCCAACAAACCCUCAGGAAUUCCAAACGAUAAGUCAUGACAUUUUGUAUCAGACAACACCCCAAUACAGAUCACCAGAAAUGAUCGAUUUAUACAGAGGUUUCCCCAUUAAUGAAAAAGCGGAUAUCUGGGCUUUUGGUUGCUUUUUAUACAAAUUAUGCUACUAUACUACUCCGUUUGAAGCCAAUGGAGACAUUGCUAUUUUACAUGCUUCAUUCCAAUUUCCUCCUAAGCCAGUCUAUUCUGGUGAUUUAAUGAAUUUGAUUAUAAUAAUGUUGCAAGAAAAUCCAUUAUUCAGACCAAAUAUAGUGCAAGUCAUAAUGUUGAUAUGCAAGAUGAUUGGCGUGGAGUUCAAUGAUCUUCGAAUCAAAGACAUUUAUAAUGUCGGAUCAUAUAACUUUAAGGCAUUGCACGCAUAUCAAGUUGCUAAACAACAACAUCAACAACAACAACAGCAACAGCAACAACAAUCAUCGAGCAUUUCCAGAACAACAAGUAAUGUCAACGUUCAAAAUGCUCAACAAGUAUUACCUGGAGCAUCUGAACCGGGAGCUGGUCCAGCAACUGCCCAAUCUACCAACCAGCUUCAAAUUCCAUCCAGAUUACCGACAUACUCCCAAACCAAUUCGUCUGAGAAGUUAGCUCCUGUGUCAAGGGGCUCUAAUCGCUCAAGUUUAGAAAUUCAAGGUGAGUUUGAGAAUUUGGAUGAUGUCGAAGAAAGGUACCCGUCACUCGAAAGCUUGAGUGUUGAUCCUCAAGCUAAAAUUCAAGCCAACCAAACUUCAAGAUCUGCGUCCCAAGUACCAGUGCAGCCGGCUCCGCCACAAAUGAAGGCUCCAAUACCUCCAACGAUUCCACCACCCCAAGUCUUGAGUGUUGCAGAAAUCCAAAAGCUCACUCCAGAGCAACAAAACGCUUAUAAUUACCAGCAUCAACUAUACCAGUAUGAAAUCAGUAAGUUCCAAUAUCAACAACAGCAAUACUUCCAGCAGCAGCAACAAUAUCAACAAUCUUAUUAUCAACAACAACAACCACAGCAACAGCAGCAGCACCGGCCCCAAAGUCAACAACAGCCUCAACAACAGCCUCAACAACAACCUCCUAAUCUGUCUGUUCCGUAUUAUGAGAAUUCGCCCCAGCAAUUAGCAGCGAACAAAACUCACGAUCUGCAAUACUCGUUGUCACGCUCUAAAAGCAGAAAAUCCUCAGAGCCUGGAGAAUUAGAAAAGAAGGAAGCUUGGGAAAAGCAUGUUACCACUAAAAGUAUUGAUGGAGAUACAGAAAAGUUGGUGAGUGAUAUUUUCGGAACAGGAAUUUCCGGAUCAAGUUCAAUAGCUACUGAGGAUGAUUUGAACCAGCUUUCGGUUGCACCCACUCGUCAAAGCUCUAAAUCGGACAGAAGUCAGCAUCAUUCAAAAUCUAGAGAAGAUAUUAACGCUUCUUUGGCGAAACCCAAAGAUGAAUCUCAUAAGAUAAAAGAUGUUGCAGAGUCAUCUUUUGGAGCUGAUCUAAUCACUUCAACUAAAGAGAAAGAUAGUAGUGAUGAUGAUGAUGAUAAUGCUGAAGCAGAUCAGAGCUUAGAUACAAGUAAUUUACUUGAUGCCAAUGACUUAAUUGAAUUUGAGAAUCAAUUCCCUGAAACUUUACCAGAUGAAAUUGCUGACGGUAAAUUUGUCGAUGAUCAUGGGAAGAAGAAUACUGAUGGAGCUCCCGAGAUCCCAACCCUGAACCAAAAACAGCAACAGGAACAACCAUCUAAGUUAGAGAAAGAUAACAUCAAAGCAUUGCCCAGUAUACCUCAGCAAGAAGAAUCUUCUACGAGAGCAGUUGUGAACAACAACCCUUUCCCAACUCAAACCGAGAAGGUAUUCCAAAAAGAACCUGAAUUGAUUGAGAACUAUUCAAAAAAUAUGCUGGAAAAAAAGAGUGGAAACCCUUGGGGUGAAUUUAGACAGAAGCCUCUCCAAGAGAAAGCUCAAACGGAACAAGUAUUUUCUCCACAUAUCGUGCCACCUCAUAUUGGUACCUCGCAGUCGAAUCCAGGUUUCCAACCAUUUAUGGUUAAUGGUGUAGAGCCUUCAAACGGAAACGCCUCACUCGUUAAUCAAAGACCCAAAAACUCUCAGCCCAUUGCUCACUAUUCGUAUCCUGCAGAUUCUUUACUUUUGUCAUCUUCUCCUGAAAAGAAUAACCAGGAAGCUCUGAAGGCAGUCUCGAAUAAUGUAGAUCAUAUCAGGAACAUUAGCGAUCAGAUCAAUUUGAUUGAUUUGGAGGUGGGACUCGAGUCUUCAUCUUCGGCCUCCACUCCAGCAUUAAACCCUCAUAAGGUGUAUAAGAAUGAGAGCCAGGGCGAAUCACUACUUGACUUGAAUUUAAAUGAAGAGGAAAAGUUUGGAAUAAAGCAGAAUAAUAAUGAGCCUAGGUUUAAGAAAAGAAUAUCAUCUGGAGUUAACAUACCAAACAACAUAAAUUUCCAAGAAGAGGUUAUCGAUUGGGCAUCUGACGACGAAAACCCAGAAAAUAGUUCUAAGUUAAAUAGACUAUCGAUUAGACACUCUCUUAAGAAUCCUAAACCCCGAAGAAGUGGAGGAGAGAGAGAACGCAGAUCGGGAGAAAUCAAACGAUCUGAAAGAUCUGAAAGGGCUGGAUCUGAUAGUUCUGACGCUGACACCAAGCAUGGAGGUGGUAGUAGUGUGAGUGGAGGUGGAAGUGGAAGUGGAAGUACUUCUGGUUCAGGAAGCAAAGAUACGAGCACUUCCAAAAAAAGAAUGUCACUUUUCCACUCCAAUUCGUAG